ACAGCAACUUUUACAAUUGUUGUCUGUACUUACGAUUUCUGGGAUGUGUCACCGUCGUCGUUCUCCAUCAGCGACAUCAGGGCCUGGUUUUGGGGCGACAUGCCGUCGGCGUUAGACCCGCUGAACUGCUGCGCGUUGAAUGACGAGGGAUCCAGGGCCGAGUUGAUGCUCUGCUGCUGGACCAAAUGACUGUCAAACCAUUUGUGGUUGGCGGCAGAGACAUGCUCUGGAAGGCUGGGCUCUGGGGUGCAGGGCUGGUGCUGAAGGCGUGCAUCCUCAGCAUGUGGUUGGCAUUGACGUGCUGGCUACCAAGCAUCGGGAUGUUGGUCGGCAUGGCGGCCGACGCCAUCGAGGCCACCAGGGUGUUCUGCUGGAAGCUGCCCAGCGGCGAGACGUCGUGGAGCUCGUCCUGCACCGGCGAAAAUAGCUCCGUCUGCUGGCUAGGAGAGCCUAGGUGCGUGCGGAAGAAGUUUGCUGCUGGUGUUGCUGCUGCUGGCCAAAUUGCUGCUGCUGCAGCUGCUGAAAGCUGUUGGCAAUGUUGCCGCGCUCGUAGUCAAAGGAGGCGGCGGAACCGCCAAAGCCUUGCUGGUUGCUGUUGCCAAAGCCCGAAUUGCGGUUGAUGUUGAUGGGCGCGGUUCCCGGGUUGUCGUUCAUUGCUGCGCUGGUAUGGAUGACUGGGGAGCCAAAUGAAUAGCCGUAGUUGUUUCUGAGAGACGACGAGUCGGGGUUGAUUUGAAGCUGUGAAAAGCCAGAAAGCUGAGAUGAAGUGUUCAGGUGCUGUUGUGCGAGACUCUGUAAAAGCGUCGGGUCAAUAGUGGUGCUCAGCUGCUCGCUGCUCAUAGUAGUUUGAGGAUAUAAAUAAUCAGGCAAAUAUAGAAACAAAAAACACCCUUAAUAGUUAUUGUCACUCUAGACUAUUCG